AUGGCUUCGACAUCGGAGCAAUUGACUCUCCUUGGUGCCUUUCUGGAACCCAUGAGCAUUGACGUCGAAAAAUGCCACGUCCUAUCGGACCGAUUUUUGCAAAACUUCACCCAUCUCUCCGCAGAGUCCUUGGAUCAGUUUUUGCCGACCCCGAUCUCCGAGUCCAUUUUACGCCCUGUGGAAGACUAUGGCCACGGACGGCAUCUUGCUAUCGACAUCGGGGGAACCAAUUUAAGAGUUGGCUUUGUAGAAUUGCUUACAGUUGAAUCCGUCAUAUCUGCAAGCAAUGGCGCCACGACGACAAGUAAUGGCAUCAAUGGGAUAAACGGCACAACUAGCAUCACAAAGGACCAGGCUAUCCCAACAUUGCCCACUGGCCGCUUACGCCGACAGCUGGAGAAGUCAUGGCCAAUUUCAAAUCAUCUAAAGAGCGACAAUGCCGACAGUCUGUUUCUUUGGAUUGGAGAAUGUAUUGCCGAGGUCGUUGAAGAAGGAUGCAAGACAUUCAACCUCCCCGUCGAGGCACCACUCCCUCUUGGCAUCACAUUUAGUUUCCCGAUCGAACAACCAUCACUAGAGAAAGCGAUUAUUUCCUCUAUGGGCAAAGGCUUUGCCAUCCCUCCCCAUGUUGACCUUGGAACACGCCUUCAAGCCGCAUACGAUAGGCACAGAGGCCACAACUUGCCGCCCAUUUAUGUUGCCGCCAUCGCUAAUGACUCGGUCUCCACGCUAAUAUCUUUCAUCUUCAACUACGACAGACUAGCCCACCGUCGUGCCGCAAUGGGUCUGAUACUGGGAACUGGGAGCAAUGCCACAAUCCCUGUUAAGCUCAGCCUUCUUCACCCUAGCAAACGACCUAAAAACGUGAAUGUUCUGCCUGGCGAGAAGGUAGAAGAUGCGAAAAUCGCGGUGAAUACUGAAUGGAGCAUCAACGGAACGGCGCCGCCGAUGCGCGAGCUUGGGUUGAUUACUGGCUGGGACGAUGAGCUCAGUGCGAAAAAUGAGAAACCGGGAUUUCAGCCUCUGGAGUACAUGACAGCUGGCCGAUACCUCGGAGAGCUUGGACGUAUCAUGCUGGUCGACUACAUGACCAGCAGACUGAAGGUUGGGAGGGAUUUGCUACCGCCAAAAAUCUUGGAACAGGGUAGUCUGACGACAACGUUUUUGAGUCACUUCAAGCCGCUACAGCCCACCACCCUUUUACCAACUCUGAAGACUGAGUUUCCAGAACCGUCGGGCUCCCAAUUCGUUUGGACGGAGCAUCAUGCCGAGGCGUUGUAUCGUAUUUCCAAGGCCAUUGAAGUUCGGGCGGCCGGGAUUAUAGCAGCGGCGAUUCUCGCGUUGCUCACUCUCGGGGAAGAAAUUCCUGUUGAUGGGUCAUCUCCAAUUCCAACAUCAGAGACUCGCGAGCUGGGGGUCGGUUAUACUGGAGGCUGUAUUGUGCACUUCCAGGACUAUUUAGUGGACUGCCAGCAUUUUGUGGACCAGCUUGUGAAGAGGAGGUGUGGGAAUGACUUUCCUCUUAGAGUGACAAUGAAUCCAUGUCAUGACGGCGGAAUUACAGGCGCUGGAAUCUUGGUUGCGGCGGCCCUCUCCAGUCAGGCGUCACAAACGUGA